AUGAUGAGCAGAACCACGGCCUCUUUACACGACGGUACCACACCCGCGGGGUCACUGACCACUAUAUGGACACCACCAUGCCCCGGUGGCCCGAUGACAACCUGGGACUCAAGCGCGAACAAGUCCCUAGAGAGCUGCAUGCCGACAAACUACAAGGAUGUAUACUAUUACGGCAACGCCGGCUACUACUCUCCUGGCAUCUGCCCCAGUGGCUAUACGUCGGCGUGCAGGCAAUACAACACGCAGCAAGGUCCGCCGUUGGAGCCCGAGGAGACGGCUGUCAUUUGUGCGCCUCUGGGCUUCACCUGCAACCCCGAUCAGGGCGUUUCCAACGCAUGGCACACGCACACCACGGACAAGCGGGCUCCGAUGAUCCAAGUCCGAUGGCAAUUGUCUGACAUCUCGACCCUGGAGACGCACCCGCUCACGCCUGGCCUGAGGCCUGUCUUGCAGACAGAAACGAGCCAGGGAUCGAUGACAUCCACGGCCGCCGCCGGAGGUGGCCAAGCACCGGGCACGGGCAGCGACUCUGCGCAGGCCAUGCAAGGCAGCACGAUUGCCCUGAUUGUAGUUGGGUCCGUCUUGGGAGUGUUGAUCCUCGGCAUGGCCAUCCUCGUCUUCUUGAGGCAUGGUCGUGGGGCCUGCUUCCGCCGCGGAAAGAACACCGUAUCUAAUCCGGAGGUGUCCUUUCGCCCGGCAGUGUCCUCGCAAGAGGCAGGAGGCCAGGAGGCGGUGCAGUCGUAUCAUGGUAGCAGCAACGCAGAGGUCGCAACGCUGCAUGCGAUUUAUUACAGCCCGUCGCAUAUAGGACAGAAGCCACCCGUCGUGGGCACGGAAGCGCAGGCAAUAGCUCAUCCGGAGCGCCAUGAUGACACAGUGACAGCGGGAUUAGAUCACGACGCGCAGCUUACCCGGCUCUUCAGCAGCCCACUCGAGAUGCCGUCAGAGGGUUUGCAGCAACGUCCUUCAGCUCCUCCCACGAGAGCGUCGGCAACACCGCCCAUGGAUGUUCCACCGGGGAUAACGGGUGGGCAAGAGGGUCAUCGCACUUCUACUCUGCGGUGGGGGGCUCAAUGGCGGCAGUAG